UCGAUGGAUGGAGGAAUAUCGGCAGUAUGCUGCCUCUGUGAUUCGGGAGCGAAAUAUCGCUGUCCGGGUUGUCUGAGGAAUACGUGUAGUUUGACGUGCGUAUCUGCUCACAAGGAGAAGUAUGGAUGCAGUGGACGGAAGCAGCCUGGCUACAUCCCCGUAUCGGAGAUGACAACUCAAACUCUGACGAAGGAUGCAGCCUUUUUAGAUGAGGUUUCACGUGCCAUAGAAUCUACAUCACGUGCAUUUGUCCAUCGCCAGGUUGCUGCUAACAGUGUUGCAUCGAAACAUGUAAAACCAACUGUACUAAGAAAAUGCUGUGCUGAACGAGGCAUACAAAUGUUAUCGUGUCCACCAGUACUAUCGAGACAUUUGAAUAAUUAUACGAUAAUUCGCAAGAACACCGUAUUUUGGACUGUAGAGUGGUACUUCCAUGAGUUUGAUUUGGUUGUUUAUGAAAAAAGAUUUAGUGAGCGUUCAUCGUUGAGACAAGGAAUAGAACGUAUAUUUUUGCGCGCACUUAAUAACAAAGAGAAGUUCGCGGUGCCGGACCAUUAUCGCGAUUUAGCCAAUCUAAUGGCGUUGUUACCUGAUCUGGACACUCCAAUCACUGAUAGGAAAUAUUUUACAUGCGACUUAGAUGAUAGCUUGAGGUCUAAUCUUGAACACUCCAAAAUAAAUGAGUAUCCCCGUAUAUUUAUCAUUUUAAAGAGAAAUUUGUACAAAUACAAAUUGGUGGAGCGGCGAGUUGUAGAUAUGCAGAUCUCUGCAAAAUCUAACAAUGCAAGUAAUAUUGACGACAUCACGAAUGCAACAUCGUCUGCUGGCCCAGCAGAAUAAU